AUGAGAGGCAGCUUGCUGAUGAACCGCCGUGGAUUGCAGAGAUUCCGGCAACUGGCCGUUACAGCCACCGGAUCGGCGAAGAUCAAGAUCCUGCUCUUCUGCUGCAUCGCUUUCACGCUGCUGGCGCUCCCAGGCUGGGCGUCCAAGUUCAUGGGAUGGAGCAAUCUCUCUGCUCCCGAUGAUCGGCUCCAAGCGCCAGGGAAAGGUUAUGCUAUUGUAAUGAAUACUUGGAAAAGAUAUGAUUUGUUAAAGCAAUCAAUUGCUCAUUAUGCAUCAUGUUCAGAACUCGAUUCAAUACACAUCGUGUGGAGUGAACCUGAUCCUCCUUCUGAGUCUCUUGUUGCACAUCUAAACCAUAUCCUUCAGUCAAAGUCGAGAGGGCCAAGGCAAGUCGAAUUGAAAUUUGACAUCAACAAGGAAGACAGUUUAAACAAUAGAUUCAAAGAGAUCAAAGAUUUGAAGACAGAUGCUGUCUUCUCCAUUGAUGAUGAUGUCAUUUUUCCAUGCUCAUCCGUGGAGUUUGCUUUCCGUGUAUGGCAAAGUGCGCCAGAUAACAUGGUGGGCUUUGUACCACGUGCCCAUUGGCUGGAGCAAUCGCAUGACAAUAAUAAAUACUAUAGCUAUGGUGGAUGGUGGUCUGUUUGGUGGACGGGUACUUACAGCAUGGUUCUCUCGAAGGCUGCAUUUUUCCACAAAAAGUAUCUCAGGUUGUACACAAAUGAGAUGCCAGCAUCACUCAAGGACUAUAUAACCAAGAACAGGAACUGUGAAGAUAUUGCUAUGUCCUUUCUGGUUGCAAAUGCAACUGAUGCACCACCUGUAUGGGUGAAGGGUAAAAUAUUUGAGAUCGGCUCGACUGGGAUCAGUAGCUUGGGUGGUCAUAAGGACAGAAGAAGUCAGUGUAUCAACAGAUUUGUAGCCGAGUUUGGACGAAUGCCCUUAGUAUCCACAACCGUCAAGGCAGUUGAUAGCCGCAGUAGCUGGUUCUGGUGA